UAUUUUCAUUGAUUUUUUUGUUCUUGGUUUUUUCUCGAUAUACUUCAAACGACGCGGUUUGAUUCUGGCGGAACGUUUGACCUGGACUACCGUUUCCUUACGGACGAGUAUGUACAGCGGACCAAACCUAAAAGCCUGGCAUAAUGGAAGUGAAAAAUGCUAACGCUGCUAUGCUCAGUAACUACGAGGUGUUCAAGCUCUUAACAGAUCUGAAGGCACAAAGGAAAGAGAGCGGGAAGAACAAAAACAGCUCCGGGCAACAGAAUUUAAACACCAUCAUGUAUGAGACACUCAAUUACCUGUCAAAGACGCCAUGCAGCAGACAGAGUCCAGAGGUGGUCAAAGAGUUCCUCACCACCAUGAUGCCUCAUAAACUGACCAAGGCGGAGAAACUGCACCUCCUGAACCACCGGCCGCAGACAGCAGUGGAAAUCCAACUUUUGGUGGAAGAGAGUGAGGAGCGUUUAUCCGAGGAACAGAUCGAGGAACUCAUCCAGACAGUCUCAGGCAUCCUUCCUGGUGACCCUGAGCAGGUAAACGCAGCUCCGGCUGAAGAAGAGAUGGAUGAAGGUGGUGAACAAUCUUGACGUGACCCACGGGUGAAGAACUGGAGUGCAUAAAUAUUAGAGGACUGGACUGGUUGCAUUUUCCUGGGUCACUUUGAAUCAUUGUCGAACUGCUGACAGAGAAGAUCCAAAAUGGCUGCCCAACCAUGGCUCAGUUUACCUGAUCAUCAAAAUAUUCACAUAAAUGUGACUCAUUUCAUGAAUGGAAGGAAACCAGGGCUGCAACAACUUAAUUAAUCUAUUAUGAUUAUUGAUUAAUCAGUUUGAGAGUUGUGGGUUUUUUUAAUAGUUAAAACAAGGUUUCUGAUUUUUCAGCUUCUUAAAUCUGAUUAUUUUCUGGUUUCUUUGCUCCAUAUAACAAAGAAAUCGUUUUGGUUUGUGGACAAAACAAGUCAUAUGAAGACAUCAUUUCCAGGUUUUUUAGAAACACUGACCAACAUUUUUUUUUCAACACCUGACGCUUUAUGGAUCAAAUAAGUAGUCGGUUAAUCGAGAAAAUAACCGACAGAUUAAUCGAUUGUAAAAUCAAUCGUUAGUUGCAGCCUUAAAGGAAAUGAGCACGUUAUGAUUUCACUGGUGACUGAGAUCAAAUGUGCACACUUUCAUAAAUGAGAUGUUUGGACAGUGAGUCACACAAAGACUUGUUUUGUACCCGACUCGUCUACCUUCUGUUUCACAUCACAUACAGUCAUUUUCCUGCCGAGGCACAUGUUGUAUUUUUGGUUUCUGACUUAAUGUUAGGUGCCAGUUUCAAAAUAAGUGCUUUUGUAAAAUGGAUGAUUUCCAGCAAUAUAAUAUACUGUGUCACUCAUGCAAUUAAACUUUCAGUUGGUCAGA